AUGUCGAGAAGUGACUCAGAACAAACGAUAUCAUCUAUUCGAUUGGAUAUACCACCUCGCAGACAGUGGGGUCAUGGGCACGGAUACUGCGGCGAGACUGUCGUGCAAGCGUUCGGUCUUUACAAUGGCGCUUGGAUCUCACAACAAAUCGUUCGAGAUGUAAACAAGGGUGAAUACUUAAUUCACCAUCUAACUCCUGAAGACGACCAACAACGGCGACCAUUGGGAGGAGGAGGCGGAGGUGAUCCACUAACCACACUCACGACACUCAAGUUUUCCUACAUUGCAUGGGAUUAUCAGAACGCAUGUCAACCUCAAUUUCCUGCCUAUGGCUUGUGGAUUAAACGAUGUUUGCUUCAAGGUUUUCCCAUUAUAUUUCGCACGAAACUUGAUCAGUUCUUUGGUGGUCACAUCAUGCCGAUAACAGGCAUUGAUUAUUCGAAUGAAAACACUUUUGAUGAACAGGACACCGUUUACUAUUACAGUCUCUUUAAUCGGGAAAUACUCAAGCAACCACUAAGCAUACUUGGCAGUGAUCCAGCAGAACGACGUGUUUACUGCAACUGGGGCUGUGUCCCUCUUGAUGUAAGUAUACGUUUUGCUUUCAAUAUGCGGCGUUUCCCAUAG